AUGGCCUCGGCACAGCAGCGUGCGCACCGUCGUCAGCAUUCUCCGGCUUCGUUUUGUCUCUCCCUUGAUGUCGUGGGACCGUUUGUGCGUGUGGCAGAUGAUGUCUCGCAUAAGCGUCGGUAUGCACUGGUAGGUGUCCUCGUGGUCCCUGUCGAUGCGCAGGGUAAACCAGUUUUGGGUGAAGACCAAGAGCAGGCUUCGGGUGAGGAUAAGGAUGCUUGCGUGCGGGAUGUUGAUCCUGACUUCGAGGAGCUUCAGAAGGACGUUGAUGAGUGGUUCGGUGCUCUUGCGGAUGAUGCUUCCGAAGUCUAUGAGGGUCCUGAGGCCCUUUGGGAAGGCGAAAACUUGGAAGCUGAGGUCCCGCUGGAAGGUGAACGAUUGGACGCUCCAGAGGUUGGAGGUCCUGAGGAUGCGUGGGCUAAGCAGCAAUCCGAUUCUGAAAAGGAGGCUGAGGGCAUGGCGUGGAGAGAAGUUGUUUUUGUGGAGCUGUUGGAUCGUAAGACCCCGCAAAGCGUGUGCUUGGCGGUUGGCCGUAUUCAUGCUCAACUUGUGGAGCUUGGCUUUCCAUUAGCUCGCAUUCAUGCUGACGCUGGUACUGAGUUUACUGAUGAGCGUCUGCGGGAGUAUGCUGCGUCUCGCGGUAUCCUCCUUACACUCGCCCCUCCCACCGAGCAUGACAGUAACGGUAGAGUUGAGAACGUCGUCAAAAGACUCAAAGUCCAAGUACGAGUGUAUUUGCAGCUGGUGGGUAAUGAUACAUCUAAGUGGGCCCUGGCCUUUCGUGCGGCGGCCGCCACAUGGCGAGCCGAUACCUUGAGGAAGUUUGGUAUGGCGGUUAAACCGAUAGUGCCGUUCGGCACCCGGACCCAGGUUUUGGUUCGACACUGGCUCAGGCGUCGGCAUCGAGAAUGGCAUAUGCGUGCUACUCCGGCUGUCGUUUUGGCACCGGCCACGUAUGUGAGACAAGGCUAUGUCGUCAAAGUAGGCAACAAGCUUUCUGUCGUUAGUAAACUUCACUUUGGCGAAGAAUCGGAUCUGCAACUUUUCGUUGGCAAGGGCUUACCUCCGAUUGCCGAGCCCGGGGCCGUGAGACGGCGCAUGCGUGGCAAGGUAACUCCCUCUCCUGCAUUUCGGAUUUGGGGUAAGCGGUCUUUGCGAGCUUUGCGCGAGAGACCGGGGCCAGGGAUUGAUGAGGAUGCUCAGGCGGCCCGGUUGGCAGAACAGGCCGUGGUGCACAAGGACACGUCGAACGAUUAUGAGUCGCGUUCCGGUUUGGUGCCUUUGCAGGUUCCGGAGCGCGGUGAAGUUGAGGUUGUGUUGAGUUGCGUGAAGCUUGGUUGUGAUGUCGACGUGAGCUUGGUUGAUAGCGUUCAGGCGGUCUCGGACAUGAGUUUGGCUGUGCGUGAUAAGGGUGCGGUGGAUCUUGGCUUGACCUUGGAUGAUAACUUGGUUGAAGCGUCGUGCCCCAUGGAUGAGGCUACCUUGAGUUGUCUUGGUGACCAAACUUCUGCUCAAGUGGAUGGCACUGGGAGUCAUGUUGAUGGUCCUUGCGCUUGGUUGCUGAGUGGUGAAACUUUUGAUGCAGCUGACCGUCAGGAUCAAGAGGAUGAUGCUGCUAGCGUGUGUAGUUGGCAUACCGCGUCUGAAGGUGAAGUUGAGCAAGCUCCAUGGGACUUGUCAGAGCUGACGGCUCACAUUGAGGAGCUUGAUCGUGCUCAGUUGAGGUUGAGCGGGUUCGCUGAGGACCGUUUGGCGCGUUGGCUUGAGCAUGCAGGUGGGAGUGAGGCCGUUGCUACUUUAGGCGAUACGGACUUGGCUGAGGUCCAAGGGGCAUGGGAUAGAGUCCACGAGCUUCGCGAGGAACUGAAAGCUCUAACUGCGGUUGAGGUGUCCACGCGUGCGUCUGAGGAUGAUGGUACAGACACGGUGCUGCAGACCCGAACUGUAUCUCUGCCGGAGGUCCUGGCGAACUGGGAAGUUUGGGAGCAUCCUGCAAACAAGGAGAUUUCGGCCUUGGUGGAUGAGAAGCGCGCCUUGAUUCCAGUUGAUUGGAAACAAGUGCAGCGGUGGAAAGACUCUGGAAAACGAGUAAUCACCAUCCCUGCUAAGGCUGUGUGGACAAUUAAGGCUCCGGAUGGUCGGCAUAAAUGUCGAAUAGUGGCGUGUGGAAACAUGGCACCCUCGAAGGAUGAAAGUCGGCAGGAUCACAAGGAUGCUGUGUUUGCCUCUUCCCUUGAUGUCACACACCUUCGAUGUGCCUUGGCAGUAGCUGCGAGACGUUCCUAUGAGAUAGCCAUCACUGACAUUAGGACCGCAUUUCUUAAUGCGGAGCUUUUACCGAGGGCGAGGGCCAAGGCGGAGCAAGCCGCUGCGGCGGCUGCGCAGGGAGAGAGCGUACCAAUCGAUGAAAUCGUGAUCUUAAUCCCUCCGCGUUGUUUGGUGCAGCGGGGCUUAGUCGGCAAAAACACCCUUUGGCAGGUGGCCAAGGCGAUUUACGGACUUGACACUAGUCCUAGAGACUGGAGCCUGAGUCGAGAUUUCUCGCUGAGGCGGGUAGUCGUGAAGUAUAAAGAUCAGGAGCUCAGAUUGUUUCAAUCGUUUGCGGACCCCAAUCUCUGGCUUAUCGCCGAGAGCGAACCGGAGUCGUACAUUAAAGACCUUGCGGAUCGGUACUCCCAUGAGCUUCAGAAGGUUAAGCAUUGCGGGACCCCGUUGGGACCAGGGGUAAUGGAGCCGGAAGCAGUGGAGAACAUUGACAGCAGUGUACUUCGUAAGUGUCAGCGUUUGAUUGGCGAAAUCCUGUGGGUCAGUGUGCGUACGCGUCCAGAUGUGUCGUUUUCGAUAUCCAAACUUGCGCAGUGGAUGAAUCGUGACCCGUCCAGAACUUACCAACUGGGGUUGCAUGUGCUUGCUUACCUGGUUGAUUCUGCGAAUGUUGGAUUGGUGUACUUGUGUUCUGAUCCGAGCGGCCCAAGACCGGGACGAAAGGAGGUUGGAUGUAACAACCUGCUGGAAGUGCUCACGGACAGUUCAUUUGCACCGGAUGCGUCACGCUCUAAUGAAUGCUGCUUGUUGUUCGUUGAAAACUGCCUUGUUGGAUGUUGCUUUGCACAGGCUCAUGUCUACCUCUUGGCGGAAUUGGCCCAGAAAGUCGUUGAGAAUCAAAGCUCGCACGAUGCGCGAGCGGCCAUGACUGCUUUUGUGACUUUGCCUUUGUACAGUUCUUGUCAGUUUUACCUGGAUGGAUGGAUGGAGGGAUGGAUGGAUGGCGCUGCUGUUGCCGCCUCCCGCGUCGCCGUUCUGCCCAGCCGUAUCGCAGAGCUGACGCAGCUGGCGACCUAUGUUUUCGCCGGUCCAUCCUCCGAGAAGAGAGGGGAGGCCAUGAGUCGGCUCAUGGUGGGUCCGGCCUCCUUGGCCAAUCAUGGUGCCGGAGAUCAGGUGAACUGCGAUCUUCACGUCAUGGAGGAGGGGAGCACAGCGGAGUUGCGCACACGGCGCCGCAUACAAGCAGGAGAGGAGCUCUUUAUCUCCUAUGGGACGGAAGAGUGGUUCUCCGACCGGGGACUCUCCGCCUCGGAGGAGGUUCGCGAAGGCUCAGGCGAAGAAGGAGGCACAUGCGUCAGCCACGUGACGGCCGACCCGAACUCUUCAGGACUCGUGGCCUCUCGACGUCUGCCAGCAAAGGAGCGCUUGGUCUCCUCGGCCUUCGUCCUUCCGACCGCCUUUGCCACAGCACUGGAGGGAAGCCCCGGCGCGAGGGAUCUCCUGGCCGGGGAGGUGUCCAUCCUUCCCGUCGCCUUCCCGGGGCGGUUCACGGCCGAAUCGUCGACUCGGCGCGCCAAUGCCGAGCUACAGAUUCGAGUCGAUGGACGUCCGCUCACGCAGGAGCCAGUCGAGGCGCAAGCGCUUGCCGACUCGAGCAGGCUCCGGCUGGAAGUUCUUGUGACGAUAUCGACAGCAAUAGAGGAGGGCGAGCCCAUCGUGACAAAGCUUUGCGACAGAGGCUGCCCGGAGCUCUUCCCCGUUGCGUGGGGCACCGAUCUACACGCGGCCAGGCUGCGCGCCGCCGACGCCGGUGACGUGGAGGCACAGUUUCAGCUCGCGCAGCUGGCGCGACUCGGCUCGGAGGCCUCAGAGAAUUCCUCCAGCGAGGCUCUGCUUUGGUAUCGGAAGGCAGCCGAGUCGGGUCACGUUCCCGCUCAGUUGCGUCUUGGGGCGUUGCUGCACGACGGGGACAGACACCGCGCGCCGGACCCCGCUGCAGCCGUGGCCCUGUACCGCACUGCUGCAUCUGCGGGCUCUGCCUCUGCGCAGUUUCUCCUGGGUUUGGCCUACAGCAACGGGGCCGGGAAGGGAUUGCAGUGGAGGGUUCAUGGCUUCGUUGUGGCCCAGAAAAGAUCUGAGCACUGGCUGGACGGCGUUGAGGCCGACUUGUCUCAAGCUGCCCACUGGUUCAGUCGCGCCGGAAGACAGGGCAGCCAGAGCUUCGCAAAGGCGGACAAAGCCAUGUACAACCUCGCCGCGGCCUAUCGCGAGGGCCGGGGAGUCCCACGAGACGUGGAGCAGGCUGUCGUGUGGACGCGGCGAGCAGCAGAGCUCGGCCACACCAAAGCCAUGUUCAACCUCGCCGUGGCACUGAGCCGGGGCGACGGGAGUCCCAAGAACGUCUCAGAGGCGAUCGGAUGGUAUACACGUGCAGCCGAGCAAGGUCAUGUCCUCGCGCAGUACAACCUAGCCUAUGCCUACUAUGUGGGAACCGAUCUGGCACCCUCGGAUGUCGAGUCGGCAAGAUGGUUUCGAAGAGCUGCAGAAGGAGGCAGCAAAGAAGGCCAGUUCAUGAUGAGCAAGCUGUGUCGACAAGGCCAUGGCAUGGCCGCGAGCGAGGAGGAGUCUGUAUCAUGGCUCCGGCGAGCUGCAGGACAAGAUCACGGCCAAGCACAAUACGAGCUGGCCGUCGCUUUAGAAACAGGCCGUGGUGUGCCACAGAACCAAACGGAAGCAGACUUCUGGUACCGGAAGGCUGAAUCCGCCGGAGUCCGCCGCACUUCUCGAGGAUUCUAUGGCCUUCUUGGGCGCCUUUUCGGGAGGACCGAGCUGUGA